AUGUCGGACAAGUCAAAGGGCAUCUCCCUGCGCAAGAAGCGGGACAAGGACAAGAAGAAACCGCCGCCGACCAUCAGCGCGCCGCGUCAGAUCAGUGCGCCCAUGCCCGCAGGCGCUGGCAUUGCAGCACCCAGCAUCUCAAGCGGAGGACGCCCAUCCACCGACUCGAGCCGAUCGCGGCAGAACAGAGGCGAUGUCCCACGAGAACGCCCCCAGAGAGCCGACAAGACGGCCGAUCUGGUCAAGAGGCGGUACUCGCAGAAGAUCACCACGCUGCCGAGCGACUUUGGCAAUGGGCCCAUGCCCGACAUGCCGCAGAUACCCAUGCAGUUCCGCGAGAAGGACCCGGCGAGGGAGAACCGCCCUCCCGCUGGUGGUGACGGGCGAGGGCCAAGAGUUGACAUGAAGGCGUUGCACGCCUCGGAAGAAGACAUCCGCCGCUUUCAAGACGAGCUUCGCAAGACGAAACACCGCACUUCCGUUGACCUCCAGACCAAUGUGUAUCAGAACAGGACCCAGUUCAUCAAGAUCAGCAAAGAAGCCGAAAAGCUCAAAGGCGAGAUGCGCACUCUGCGCCAAUUGAUGUCCGAUCUGACAACCACCCUGGAGCAGACUGCUUCGGCCUCCAACACUGAAACUGACAUGACUAACUCUCGGAGGGCCAACAGGAGCUCGAUUGGCGAUUUGAAUCAAAUUCGUGCUGGACAGUUGCAGCAGCUGUACCGGGAUGUUGAGGGCUCACAAAAGUAUCUGCCGCCCAUUCCCGGACGCUUCAUCAUCUGGCGAUCCAAAAGAUGGUUCGAGCUGGACUCUGCGACACUAAAGGCCAAGCGUCGGGUUCAAAUACUGCUGCUCAACGACCACCUUCUUGUGGCUCAGGAGAAGAAGGCACGCAAUGAUGUUGCAGGUCAGCGAGACGGCAACCGAUCUGUUCUGGAGUACAAGGCACAAUUAUGCUUCCCGCUGCAGGACGUACAUGUCACACGUACGCCAGAGGAUCGCAUCAUUAUACGACACGGUUCGGAAUCCUACACCUACGACACCAAAAGAGAGGAUGUGGGAGACAAGAUGGCGUUUGUCUCUACAUGUCGAAAAACAAAGGACGACUUGCGGAAGAGCCAAGAAGCUGACGUCGAGGAGAAGGACCGCGUCCAGGAUUCUUACAACCACCUGCUUUCCCGCGAUCCCGAACUUGUGAAGAAAACCGAUCUGCUUGAAAACCUGUCCGAAGCCGUUAACAACAACCAAACAAGCACAUUUGUUGAUGUCGAUGGACAACAGCGGAACAUUCGUUGGGUGGAAACACAACUGGAUCGUCUCGAUAUCGAGAUAGCGCUGCAGCACUUUAAUGAUGCAGUCGUGGAGGUAGAAAAGCUCAAAGAGCUUGCCAAGAACAUCAGAGGUAACGAAAUGGCCAAGGCUGUUGUCACAUACAAGGUCAACGAGCGCGCAACCAAACUAGCCACCAUUCUAGUAAAACAGCUUGUAGAGAACAACAAUUGGAUUUCGUCUGUUAAACAACAUGUAGGCUGGGUUCUUCGUCUAGGCUUCGAAGACCGAGCAAGAGAAGCCUACCUCGAGGCUCGGGGCAACCUCAUCAGAACGCGUUCACGACAAUGCAUCUUCGAGGGUAAUCUGCCCGACUACAUUUUUCAAAUAUCAUACAUCUACUUCACCAUCAUCAAGAACACUGUCGACAUGUUCCAGAAAUGUUUCCCCCAGCAGCUCAUGUCAGCAUGCGUGAAGUGGGCAAAGGAACAUGUGGAUCAGUUUAACAUACUCCUGAAGAGACAGUUGAGCAGCGUAGAUGAGCACAGCAAGUUGUGGACAGAGUGUAUGCUCCUGGCCCAUGAUCAUGCGCGGAUGCUAAAAGAAGUGGGACUCGACUUUUCGGAGCUGGUGGGGAACGGAGUGAGAGAUAGCGACAGGUCGCCGGUACAAGAGCCUGUUGGGUUGGGGCUAAGUUAG